AUGGGAAUUAGGAAAGACCUAGUUUGGAACGUGUUGUCUGAAAUAUUUGGGUUUCUCUUUUUGGGUCCUUUCCUGAAAAGUGCACUGUUUGUUUUCCAGUUCAAAGAAGAGAUUUCCAGACGGUUUAAAGCCAAACAAGAUCAGCUGGUUCUGAUCUUUGCGGGGAAGAUCUUGAAGGACGGAGACACUUUGAAUCAACAUGGGAUCAAGGAUGGGCUCACUGUGCAUUUGGUCAUUAAGACUCCACAGAAAGUCCAGGAUCCUACAGCUGCUGCUUCUGCCCCCACUGCUGCUUCUGCCCCUGCUGCCACCCCUGCGUCUCCUGCUGCCCCGUCCCAGCCUUCCACGUCCGGCAGUGCCGGCUCGGACACGGGCGGCAGCAGGCGGAGCAGCGGCUCAGGGACCAUGGCGGGGACUGGAGACGGGGCCCCCAAUAGCGCUGCAUCCAUCCUUUCUGGUUUUGGUGGCAUCACUGGGCUGGGCAACCUUGGCAUGGGCUCCGCCAACUUCAUGGAGCUCCAGCAGCAGAUGCAGCGGCAGCUGAUGUCCAACCCGGAGAUGCUCUCGCAGAUCAUGGAGAACCCCUUGGUGCAGAACAUGAUGUCCAACCCCGACCUCAUGAGACAGAUGAUCAUGGCCAAUCCCCAGAUGCAGCAGCUCAUGGAGCGGAAUCCGGAGAUAAGCCACAUGCUCAAUAACCCCGAGCUCAUGCGGCAGACCAUGGAAUUGGCUCGUAACCCCGCCAUGAUGCAGGAAAUGAUGCGGAACCAGGACCGGGCUCUGAGCAACCUGGAGAGCAUCCCGGGAGGAUACAACGCGCUGCGCCGUAUGUACACGGACAUCCAGGAGCCCAUGUUCAGCGCGGCCAGGGAGCAGUUUGGCAACAAUCCGUUCUCUUCCUUGGCGGGGAAUUCUGACAGCUCGAGCUCCCAGCCUUUGCGGACGGAAAACCGGGAGCCGCUGCCRAACCCCUGGAGCCCCACGCCCCCCGCCUCCCAAAGCCAGGCGCCCAGCAGCGAAGGGAGCGCGGGCUCGGCAGCUCCCCAGAGCACCCCGACUGUAUCCAACCCCUUCGGGCUGAACGCUGCUAACCUCGGGGCUGGCAUGUUUAACAGCCCGGAGAUGCAAGGACUCCUGCAGCAGAUUUCGGAAAACCCUCAGCUCAUGCAGAACAUGAUCUCUGCGCCUUAUAUGCGGAGCAUGAUGCAAACUCUUGCCCAGAACCCAGACUUUGCAGCACAGAUCAUGGUAAAUGUCCCCCUCUUUGCUGGGAAUCCACAGCUUCAAGAACAGCUCCGCCUUCAGCUCCCUGUCUUCCUGCAGCAGAUGCAGAACCCGGACUCCCUCUCCAUCCUCACCAACCCUCGCGCCAUGCAGGCGCUCCUGCAGAUCCAGCAGGGACUCCAGACGCUGCAAACGGAGGCCCCAGGACUAGUGCCAAGCCUCGGUUCCUUCGGCAUGCCUCGAAUGCCCCCGUCCUCUACAGGAGGAAGCACAAUCCCGGAGAACCCCGUUCCCUCUGCUUCGACGCCGGCCAGUGCCUCUCCAGCCGGGGGUGGUAACCCUCAACAGCAGCUCAUGCAGCAGAUGAUCCAGCUCCUGGCUGGAGGAAGCUCUCAAGCGCAGAGUCCUGAAGUGCGAUUCCAACAGCAGCUGGAGCAGCUGAACGCCAUGGGCUUCAUCAACCGCGAGGCCAACCUGCAGGCGCUCAUCGCCACCGGCGGGGACAUCAACGCAGCUAUUGAGAGACUGCUGGGCUCCCAGCCUUCCUAAGCUCUUGCCAUGCUGCCCCACAGAYGUCAGCACACGCAUCCAUACACAUGCACAGGGGGACCUUUCGAGAAAGCCCACCAUCAUUUUCAUAUCUGACAGCUGUCCAUGUAUUUAAAACAAAACAAAAAAAAAAAGAUACAGCUUAACCCCUGAUCUUCCUACUAAGUUAAGAUUUCAUGUUGAAAUGCUCUUUAACUGGCUUGUAUGUGGAUUCCAGUUCUCAUCGUGGCCACAGAGACUUCAGAUGUGUAUUUUUUCCUAAAUAUGCCCUCUGUCUCAGACACUCUUCUUCUCUCUAGAUGGUAGAGGCGAUUCUUCUAGUUACUUAACAGAAUGAUUGUGUUUUGAGUAGCUUGAUUUUAACUGUACAUGAUUCCCUCCCCUAGACCUCGUUCCAGGCAAAUAUUUAAAAUUGAAGCCAAGUUGGUUUUGGUUACUUCUCCCAGCAUCUUAUUGGGAAUGGAUCAAAAGAAAAAUUGAAGUGACUUGGAAAUUUCUGAUGUCCUUUGUCUUGAUAUUUCCCUUGGAUGAGCUGAGCCCGUGUCCCCCGCACACAGGUGCGUGCCCAAUUUCCUGCUUAAAGGGUUGAUGCGCAUGAAAAAUACAUUUACCUCUGGCCUUGUUGUGCUGUGGGGAUGGUGUAGGAGCCUUUAGGAUGCCUUUAGGCGUCAGGCUUGCUGUUCUUGAACCUGAGGU